CCUUCCGUGUGCCACCUGAUUUUGCCGGGCACAAUUUAUACUUGUUUAUACUUAUUAUCUUAUGUACACGUCAGAAGUCCUCCUAUCAGCUCAUUAUGUGUUAAUAAUCGUAAAAUAUUAAACCGUAAGUAGCCACUGUAGAAACACAACUUGAUUGGAAGGCCAACCGAUAGUUCAGUCAUUCUGGAUUUUGUACAUCCUCAUUAAUCAUCCUUUCACUUUAGUGAAACUCAAAGAAGCCUCAAAAAUUAAUCUUAAACUCACAUUAUUAUUUAUCUUCAUAGCAUUUUUGCUAUUAAUUUUUUGUAUUUAUUUAAUUACUCAAGAAGAAACUGUGAAAAACAUGUCGAAACCUAAAGUAUAUGUCGUUGGCGUUGGAAUGACCAAGUUUGAAAAACCGGGCCGUAGAGAUGACUUUGAUUAUCCUCAAAUGGCCGUGGAAGCAGUUACUAAAGCAUUAAAUGAUGCUAACAUUAAUAUACAAAAAGUAGACCAAGCAUGUGUUGGUUAUGUAUAUGGUGAUUCAACAUGUGGUCAACGAGCAUUGUAUGAAGUGGGAAUGACUGGAAUUCCUGUUUACAAUGUCCAUAAUAAUUGCUCAACUGGGUCUACAGCAUUAUAUUUAGCAAAACAAAUUAUUGAAUCUCAGAAUGCUGAUUGUGUUCUUGCGCUAGGUUUCGAAAAGAUGGAACGUGGGUCAUUAUCAGCAAAGUAUUUAGAUAGAACAAAUCCAAUGGAUAAACAUGUUUCUUUAAUGGGUGAUAUUGUAGGAUUAGAUGCUUCGCCAAUAACUGCUCAACUUUUUGGAAAUGCAGCUUUAGAAUACAUGAAAAAAUAUAAUGUUAGACCAGAAACUCUUGCUAAAAUUGCUUAUAAAAAUCAUAAACAUUCUGUAAAUAAUCCAUAUUCACAAUUCCAAAAAGAAUACUCUUUACAAGAAAUAUUGCAGUCACCUCAAGUAUUUGGACCAUUAACAAAAUUACAAUGUUGUCCAACUUCUGAUGGUUCUGCUGCUGCCAUUUUAGCUUCAGAACGUUUUGUCAUUGAAAAUAAUCUUCAGGCACAAGCUAUUGAAAUUGUUGGUAUGGAAAUGACUACAGAUCCACCAACAACAUUUACAGACAAAAGCUGUGUUAAAAUUGUAGGAUAUGAUAUGACUAAAUUGGCUGCUAGUAAAUUAUUUAAUAAAACUAAAAUUAAACCAAGUGAUAUUGAUGUAGUUGAAUUGCAUGAUUGCUUUUCUGCAAAUGAAUUACUUACAUAUGAAGCGUUAGGUCUAUGUGAACCUGGCAAAGCAGGAGAAUUUGUAGAGUCAGGUGCCAAUACUUAUGGAGGACGUGUAGUAGUAAAUCCUAGUGGUGGAUUGAUAUCUAAAGGUCAUCCUUUAGGUGCUACAGGUAUUGCACAGUGUAGCGAACUUUAUUGGCAACUUCUAGGGAAAGCUGAUAAGAGACAAGUCCCUGGCGCAAAACUUGGACUACAACAAAAUAUUGGUUUAGGUGGUGCUGUUAUAGUUGCUGUCUAUCGCCAUGGAUUCCCAAAUUUAGCUCCAAAAUUAUCUAAGCCAGAACAAACAAAUAAACUUAAUACGGAUAAGGAUCCAUCAAACUUUAAAGUACACAAGGCACUAAAACUCUUAGAACAAGCUAUGCUUGAUGAUAAAGAAAAUAGUAUUGAAAAAGUUCGUGGAAUAUAUUGUUUUAAAGUUAGAAAUAGUAGUGGACAAGAAGGAAUGUGGAUUAUAAAUGCUAAACAUGGAAAAGGCAGUGUAACAUUUUAUGGAAAAGAAAAACCUGAUGUUACAUUCACCAUGAAGGAUGAUGAUGUUGUUGACUUAAUAGUAGGAAAGUUAAAUCCCCAAAAAGCUUUCUUUCAAGGUAAAAUUAAAAUUCAGGGAAAUAUGGGACUAGCUUUAAAACUGGUCGAUUUGCAAAAUUUAAUGGGACAUAAAAUAGCAGAACUACGAUCAAAAUUAUAAUAUUUUUUUGUUAUUAUUGUUUGUAUUUAAGGUUAAUUUAAUUGGAAUUUUUAUAAAUAUAUAUAUAUAUAUUUAUGUAUGUGGUAUGGUGUGGACUACUUUUUAAAUUACAUUACUGUUAUUUUAAUGGGAUCAAGUUUCUAGAUUGAAUUUUUAUAAUUUUGGAUGUAAUUUGUUAAAUAUUAUACUUGUUUUUAUUUUCAUUUUCGACCUGUUAUUGGGAAUAAGUCUGAUGUGAUAAGAUUAAAAUAAAUUAAAUUGCUAUCUAUUAAA